AAAACGUCAAUUUUCAUUUACCAGAAAAGCCCUUCCCCUAAUAAAAACUUCACACCACUAUUACUGUCCACACUCGUUAUUCUCCCCAAAUCCAAGGGUAAUUUCUUGACCAUGUCCUUCAAAUGACCGUUACACCCCUCUUCACCAUAUGGUCCAAACCGUCCUCAUCCAGUAGCCGCAAACGCAGACCAUAUAAAUCGAGUGCGCGCCUACUCGUACAAGUUUCCGGAAUCCCCAAAGUGCCCUUGUUUGGGUUCAUUCUCCCGCAAGCUUCUCACAAAUUUGAAUCACCCGCUUCCAAAAACCUCAAUUCAAUAUUCAAAAACCCGCGCCUCCUUUUAUAUGUGUAAUGUGUGUGUAUAUAUAUGCAACCCUAACCCACCAAAUUAUCAAACCUCCAUACACAAUCUUCGAACGCUUCAAAAACCCCCCAAUCAAAUUUCUUCGAUAAUCUGAAUCUCUGAAAUCUUCCUCGUCAUAAAAAUGCCUGCCUUCCCAGAAGAGCCAUUGCUUGCUCCGAACCCGGACCGCUUCUGUAUGUUCCCGAUCCAAUACCCGGAAAUCUGGGAGAUGUACAAGAAGGCCGAGGCCUCCUUCUGGACCGCCGAGGAGGUUGAUCUCUGCCAGGACCUACGCCAUUGGGAAACUCUAACCCCUGGUGAGAAGCACUUCAUCACCCACGUGCUCGCCUUCUUCGCUGCCUCUGACGGCAUCGUUUUGGAGAAUCUCGCCGGAAGGUUCAUGAAGGAAGUCCAGGUCUCCGAGGCUCGCGCCUUCUACGGCUUCCAGAUCGCCAUCGAGAACAUCCACUCCGAGAUGUACAGCCUCCUUCUGGAGACCUACAUCAAGGACUCGGACGAGAAGAACAGGCUUUUUCACGCGAUCGAUACCAUUCCCUGCGUCACGAAGAAGGCCCAGUGGGCCCUACGCUGGAUCGACGGCUCAGAAUCGUUUGCGGAGCGGAUCGUGGCCUUUGCUUGCGUGGAAGGGAUAUUCUUCUCGGGCAGUUUUUGUGCGAUAUUUUGGCUAAAGAAGCGUGGGUUAAUGCCGGGACUGACGUUCUCAAACGAGUUGAUCUCGCGAGAUGAGGGUUUGCACUGCGACUUCGCGUGCUUGCUGUACUCGCUGCUGAGGAAGAAGCUGAGCGAGGAUCGAGUGAAGUCGAUCAUACGAAACGCGGUGGAGAUAGAGAGAGAGUUCGUGUGCGAAGCCUUACCGUGCGCCCUGGUGGGGAUGAACGGCGAUCUGAUGAGCCAGUACAUCGAGUUCGUGGCGGACAGGCUGCUGGGUGAGCUUGGGUACUCGAAGAUGUACAAUGUGCAGAACCCGUUCGAUUGGAUGGAGCUGAUCAGCCUGCAGGGGAAGACCAAUUUCUUCGAGAAGAGGGUUGGGGAGUACCAGAAGGCUUCAGUGAUGAAUAGCAUCAACGGCAAUGUCGAUUCGCAUGUUUUCAAGAUGGAUGCGGAUUUCUAAAAUCCGCUGAUUCUGAUUGAUGUAGCUAUGUAGGGGGAUGAGGGAUGGGAUGUGUUUGUGUAAUAUUUGAGUUUUUUAAAGAUUUUUUUCGAAAAUUUAAUUUUAUAAUAGAUAUGUUUGUUUGUUCAAUCUCUUGUUCUUUAGAAAUGAUAAAUGGAAUAUUUGACUA